GAGAGAGAGAGAGAGAGCAAUGGCAACUGGAGUAGCCCUCAGAGCUUUCCGGAAGAGAAUCAUUCCUUCCUUCUCAUCGCGAAUUUCCGCUUUACCCUUCAAUUCUCGAUCCAUUAGCACACUGGUACUAGCCGAACACGAAGGCAGCUCUCUCAAAAUCCAAUCCCUGAGCGCAGUGACGGCAGCCAAGUCCUUAAGCAAGAACAACUCCAUUUCAUUGCUCUUGGCAGGGUCCGGCCCUGGCCUCCACGAAGCCGCCGCGCAAGCCGCUUCGUGCGACCCUUCAGUGUCUGAGGUGCUUGUGGCGGAUUCUGAUGAGUUUAGUUAUCCUUUAGCUGAACCUUGGGCUAAAUUAGUCCAGUUGGUUCAGCAGAAAGGCGGGUACUCGCAUGUGAUGGCAACUUCGGGUUCGUUUGGGAAGAACAUAAUCCCUAGGGCAGCUGCGCUUUUGGAUGUUUCUCCAGUCACGGAUGUGACUAAGAUAUCCGAGCCUCAUCUGUUUGUCAGGCCAAUAUACGCUGGAAAUGCACUUUGUACUGUUCGAUACACUGGUGUUGGCCCUUGUCUGUUGACCGUUAGAGCGACAUCCUUUCCGGUUAUUCCCAUCACAUCUGAUACAAAAUCUAAUGAAGCUUCCAUCUCCCAGGUUGAUCUCUCCACCUUUGGUGAAGAUUCUGUAGGCAAAUCUCGAUACGUAAAGCACACAGCCCAAGAUUUAGAGCGCCCUGAUCUUGGAAGUGCCCGUGUUGUGGUUACUGGCGGGCGUGCGCUGAAAAGUGCUGAAAACUUCAAAAUGAUAGAGAAGCUUGCAGAAAAACUUGGUGCAGCUGUUGGAGCUACUCGUGCUGCUGUUGAUGCAGGGUAUGUUCCUAAUGACCUGCAGGUUGGCCAAACUGGAAAGAUAGUUGCCCCAGAGUUGUACAUGGCCUUUGGUGUUUCAGGAGCCAUUCAACACUUGGCAGGCAUGCGAGAUUCCAAGGUCAUUGUUGCUGUGAAUAAAGAUGCAGAUGCACCCAUAUUUCAGGUUGCGGACUAUGGACUUGUAGGUGAUAUAUUUGAUUUGAUACCAGAGUUGCUGGAGAAGCUUCCUGAGAAAAAAUAAAUCUGUGACUUGUACAUUUAAUGGUGCACAAACUGCUUCAAGGCCUAUUAGUUUGUAAAUCAGAAAUUUCAAAUUCAAUAAAGAAGGGAGACGAUUGAAUAUACCAAUACUUGAUCUUCCUUAAAAUCAAAUUCCAGACAGAGUCCGAACACAAUCAUCAAAAUCGCUGCCUCUGGAUACAUUUUAUACAAUCUUAUGUGGCUCAGUUC